AAAAGCUACUGUUUGAGUGUAGGGAAGAGAGAAAAUUCACUUUCAUUUCAAAAGUAGUAAAACCAGAUCACUUUCCCAUAGAUUCCCUGACUUUCUAUCUAAAUUUUCUCGAGAAAAUCCCUCCACCAUUAUGCUUUGAGGAAACAUCUCAGUCCCACGCAAUAAUUCUAAGUCACUUCAGGGUGAGUAAUUUCUCUCUAUUUUUGCUCAUUUCGUUGGUUUCCUCAUCUGUGUAGGUCUUGAUUGAGCUUUUUGUUCUAUGUAACAAAAAUUAGUACUUUAUGAUGUUAGAGUUUCAAAUGUUGAAGAAUUAAGUGUUAGGGCUAGUGUUUGUGACAUUGGUAUCGAUAUUUUGUUGUGUGAUGAUGCCUCCAAGAAGAAAGAAAUGGACAGAAGCAGAAGAAAAAACCCUAAUCGAAAAAUACGGAGAAAUGGUCUCUAAUGGGACCCUUGUAAAAAUGAAAACUAGAGAAAAGAAAUAUAAACCAAUUGCUUUGUAUGUGAAUUAUGUGCAUCAUGUUCGGGAUCCUAUCGCCUAUCCCUGGCAGUGGACAUGGAAAGAUGUGUCUACUAAAGUACAAAACAUGAGACACCAAUACUUGCUUGUUAAGCAAAAGAUCAAGAAGCCGGAGCUCUCUGCUGUAGAAAAUUCAGGUGGUGGUGGAGAAUGUGGUAAUGGGGAUGAGUUUGACUGGGUAGAAGGGCUUACGCAUUGGUCAAAUUUUUUGCUAUACAAGGAGGUCUUUGGUGAUGUGCCUAUUGCAUAUAGUGCUAAUGGUAGUAAUGGAAGUGAUUUAACAGGAGUCUUGAAUGAGGAGAGGGAAAAUGGUGGGGGUUUGUUGGGGGCUGGUAGAGGAAUGGAGCUUGUGGAGUUUGGACAAAUGGGUAAUUCAGCAGAUGGGGAUUUUGCUGGAAUUGAUGGUGGUGAGAAUGGAAUGCUGGGUUUAGGCUUUGAUUAUGAAGGAGAAGAGGCAGAAGAAAAUUAUAAUAGUAAUGAUCGAGUACGAGAGGAAGGGGAGGAUGGCUUCAUGUAUGAAGAAGUGGAAGCAAAUGUGUCUAAUUUGAAGAAGAAGAAGAGGAAGGUGUUGAAAGGAUUGGAGAAGAGGGUAUUUGGGUUCCUCUCAAACCAAAUGGGACAGUUAAGAGACAUGGAGGCUCGGUUUGAGCAACAUGAAGCAGGGAGAGAGCGAGAGAGGCAGAGCAGGGAGAAUAUUCGAAUUGAAAGGGAGCAGGAAUGGGAAAGGAAGCUGGAAGAGAGGGAAAAAGAGAGGGAAGAAAGGGAAAAAGGUAGAGAAAAAUUGAGGUGGCAAAGAUAUCAAGAAUGGAGAGCCAUGGAAAAGGAGAGUGAAGAGAGGGAAAGAAGGAGAAGAGAGGAUGAGUUGAUUCAAGAGAAAGAAUGGGAGGAGAGGAUGAACAGGAGGAGGUCAGAAUGGAAGAAGAGGAUUGAUGGAAUGUUAAAUCAACACCGAGCAGAAAUGGGGCAGAUUCAGACCCGAAUUCUUCAUGAGCAACAAAACCUUACAAGCCAAUUGCUUGGAAUUGUUUCACAGUGGACUGGUCAUCCAACUGGACUCUCUGAUCAUACCGGUGCUAGCAACCAUUAUCUUUCACAAAUGAUGCAGAAUUUGCACCAUGUGAAUGGUAUGGUGCAUGAGGAUACCAGGGUUGAUGGAGAUACUCAAGAUGAUCAAUUUAUUGUUGAUGGAUGAUGCCUUAUCUCAACCCCAUAAUCUUCUCGGCAAGCUUAAAUAACAAGGAAAUAUAGUUCCUUGUUUCUGUUGGUGACAAGGUGUAAAGUAUGAUUCCCUCUCCUUCGCCCUGACCCUGAGCUUAGACAAACUUGAAGAUUCUUCUUCAUGUUUUUGUUAGGAAUCUCUUGAGAAAUUCGGGCUCACCCAUGCCCUCACCUCCCAACAGGCAAACUAGAAAUCUUCUUUUCAGUUUCAUAUGCAUGCAAGUGAUUCCAUGAGAAAAUGCAAAGGUGCGACAUUUCAGAUGAAGAAUAGAAGAUUAUGUGGAACGGCGUCGAAAAUUUGCAUGGAGACUUUAAUCAGGUACCUUCUAUUACUGUUGCCAUUGAGUUUGAUUUAUGAUAACAUAACGUGCCUUUAUCAUUUUUCUUUUCCUAUAGAAUUUUCCUGUUUGGCUUAGCUUUUUGUUGUUUCUGCUUGCGAAUAUAAUGGAAUAAAGACCAAAUGGUUGGGGCAAUAAGUUGUAGCAGAACUUGAGAAGGAAGAAACAAUUUCAGGUAUAGCAUAACUUGGGAUGUCGGAAACAAUGUUCUUCUAACCUGUUUCCAGAUAAAAGCUGUCCCUCAUGGGUUUUCUUUCAACAUUAAUUUCAUACUUUUCCUGUUUGCAAUAGCAGCAUUGCUUUUCUGGAUUAAUAAAAACAGUUUUGAUGUGAGCUUUAUUUGGAAA